ACACACACACACACACACACGGUCUCUCUCACACACGCGCCUCGCAGGAAGUACAGGCGGGAGGAAAUGACUCGUGAGGCCUCCUCAUUCUGCUGCCCGAGUGCUGCCCUCCCCCUCCUGCUCACACACCGUCCCAGCGCCUGCUGCCAUGAGGGUCCAAGUCUCCGUAUUCUUGUUCCUGGUCCUGGACCCAGUCCUGGUUCUGAAUCAGCAAGCUCCCACAGAUAACUCCCUGAAGGCGACGCCUUUGCUGGCUAAGACAAUCCUUGAGGAUAAGCAGGGGGCAAUCGUCAUCCCGACGCCCGAAGUGGGGCAGGACUCUGGAGUCAUGACCCCAUCUGACCCCAACUUGGAUUUGACAGAUGGAGACCAAGAUGCAGAGGUGGAAAACACAUCUAGCACAGCCACCACAGGGUCUGGAGGCUCCAGUUCCAGCAGCACGAGCACAACUGUUUCAGCCACCACAGGGUCUGGAGGCUCCAGUUCCGGCAGCACGAGCACAACCGCUUCAGGCUCCAAGAGGCCUGUUACCCACAGAGAGCCCGGGAGCUCGGCCAGAUCAGGAGCCGGCCAAAGCCAAGAGGAAAUCUUCACUUACGAUUACCACUCCCUGCGCAAGUGGGGCCUGAUAGCCGCCGCCAUUCUCUUCGUCCUGGGCAUCCUCAUCCUCACCUGUGGUAAAUACGGGAAGCUCCCCGGAUGUGGGGGCCGGAAGCGGAGGAGCGCCUAUGACAUCUCACGGCUCUGAGGCACCCCCUGCUGGGGGAUCCGUUUGGGGAUCGGACACUGCUUGGAGGGGCCGGCUCGGAGCCCCACAGCGAUGCUGCAUACCUGGGGGCUGGGCAGAACCAGCAGCACAGACCCGAGGGCUGCCAAGUGUCCCCCGCUCCCCCCUCUGUGAUCUGCCUGUCAGCAGCACCCCAGCUCUGAUCACCCCGGCCUGGCCUCUCUAGCCCCCGGCUGACUCCCCAGCCUGUCCCCCAGGCCUGGAUCCUCCAUCCCUCUCCUUUCCCCCUCCCAGCCUUGUCCCCCCAUCCCUGUCCCCUCCCCCUUCCUGGCCUGGAUUCCCCAUCCUUGUCCCCCCCUUCAGGCCUUAUCCCCCCUAAAUCCGAGUCCCCAGCCUGCACCUGGCCUGUCUUCCCCAUCCCUGUCCACCCUCCCAGUCUCUGAGCGCCGGUCGCCCCUGUGUUGUAUUUUGAUGACAUUAAACGACUCCCCCUGGGGAAGCAAAGUA